CGCUUGCGCAGUUCAGUCAGGAGCUCUGCACACAACGGCAGCUCCCUCUUCUCGUAAUAUCCUCGCUGAAACUGAAAUAGUCAGCAGGGUCGGCAGCACUUGUUACCCAUUUGUGGAAUAGUUUUGUUUUGGUUCUUGCUACUCUCCUGUUUCGGUACAAAGCAGGCGAUGGGGUCGCAAGGGGGUAGAACCCCCUCGCAACUGAAGGUCGCAGAACUGCGCGAGGAGCUCAAGAGGCGUGGCAUAUCUGCCACAGGUCUAAAGAAGAAGGAUCUUGUAGACAGAUUAGUGGACGCGUUGCAGAGGGAGGAGCAACAGCAGGAGCAGGAGCAGGCUCGGGCUCAGGCUCAGGCUCAGGCUCAGGCUCAGGCUGGCUGUGGCGGGGUGUCGGCAAUACCGACAAUCAUCGAUGGUUGCAGAGACGGAGCUUCUUCAUCGCCUCCUGCGCCUGGUGGAGACGAUGUAGGAGUAGACGUCACUGCUUUUGCAGCCUCUCCUUUGAACUCGUUGCUUGGAGCACAAGUAGUUGACACACCGAUUAUUGCAUCUGGCCACGUGGUGGAUUCUGUCCACACCUUCUUCCCCCCUAGCUGUGGUGAUGACCUGAAACUACCGUCCCUGCUCCCUGGAGGAGCGGCAUCAGCAACUCCAUCACUCUGUGGUGAUUACCAACCGUCCCCUGCUGCCAUCGCAGAGGAGCCGUCUCUCGCGCCCGCCGCCGUGAACGGCACUGCGGCUGCGCCUCUGUCGCCGCCACGUGAGGUUCAUCCGCUCUUCCCGGGCAAGCAGGACAGCAAUGCUGCUCUCGCAGAACCCCUGCCGAACGAGCCUUGCCCUACUACAGUGUUCCAAUAUCAAGGUCCUGUGCAUUCCCAACCUCCCUCAUCGGGGGAAGAGGCAGAGAUCCGGGCGGAGGUGAAGGUGGUGCCUCCUGCUGCUGCUGCUGCGGGAGCAGCCUCGACACGUUCACAAAACUGUGAACAGCAGCAUAGACCAUUGGCUCCCUCUCCUCCAGCUCAACCUUUAUCUCCUGUAAUCGAAGUUAAACAGGUUGCCCCAGUAGAGACCCCGCCUGUCGUCGUUGCCAUCGACGGUGCUGAAGCAGAUGAUGGUUUGAUAAUAUUGGAUCAGAACGCAGAGGCGCAGGAGGCGACGGGCGGCUCUGUAGAGGUGAAAAUUGCGGUGGACCAGGAAGUCCCGCCGGUCCUUGCUGAAACCCUUGGCUCGAACGGGGCUGCUGGUUUUGGAACGGGCCUUGGCGGGAAGUCAGCAGCAGCAGGUGAUUUUAAUUUCACACCGUCGCAGUCCGUAGCUGCUGCUGCAGGACUUCACGAGGGUAUCUUGAUAGAGACGUCGUCAGCAGUUGUUGCUGCUGCUGCUGGUGAAGUGGGCGUUGCCUUGAUUUUGAAUCAUCGCAUCGAGCCGCCGACGUGUAGUAGUUACUUCAGUAAAGGGGCGGAAAGGGUGGGGGUGAAGAAAGGGGACACCCCGGGCUGGGACCGGGAUUCAGACCUUGAAAGGCUUGGAGGAGAGCAAUCUACAGCGGAUCUUGUCGUGAAGGAGGAUAUAGCGAGGGGCAGUGACGACGCGGUCAGCGAGAAGGAAGGUAGUGGAGGUGACACAGUUAUUGAGGAAGCUGGAUUGAUCUCACAAGAGAAAGCUCUUUCGGUUUGCCUGAAUAGUGAGACGGUUUGGGACGUUCCGGUGGAGAAGGUGAGCGCGGCGGUGGAAGAGGAAAUGGGUCGGUCCAAGAGAGAGGGUGGGGAGUCUAGACGGAGCGGAAAGCGGGGGGAGGAGGAUGGGGAAGGGAGGGCAAGCGAAAGUGAGCGGGAGCGCAAGAAGGGCAGACAGGAUGAGAACCGCAGCCGGGGACGAGAGGAAUGGCGGGGCGAAGAGCAGCGAGGGGCUUCCAGAGAAGAGGCGCAUCGACCGGAGGAACAAGCGGAAGGCAAGGCAAACGAAAGUGAUCGGGAGCGCAAGAAGGGUAGGCAUGACGAUAACCGCAGCCGGGGGAGAGAGGAAUGGCGGGGCGAAGAGCAGAGAGGGGCUUCCAGAGAAGAGACACAUCGCGCGGAGGAGCAGCUUGAAGGCAAAGCGGGGGAAAGUGAUCGAGAGCGCAAGAAGGGUAGGCAGGAUGAAAACCGAAGUCGGGGAAGAGAGGAAUGGCGGGGAGAAGAGCAACGAGGAGCCAGAGAAGAGACACAUAGGUCGGAGGAGCAGCUUCAGUCAAGAGGGAGGGAGGAUCGACGUUUUGAGGAGCAGCGCGGCAGGGAGGAUCAUAGAGGACGAGAUGAUCAUAAUACUAGUAGAGGGAGAGAGGAGCAUCGCGGAAGUAGGGAUGAGCGGAGGUCCGAAGAGCGCCGCGGUAGGGAUGAGCAUCGCGGCGGCAGAGAGGAGAAGCGAUCAGAAGACAGAAGAGGGGGAGACGAUCAUCGUGGAAGAGGAGAGGAUCCUGUAGAGCGCAGGGGUGAGGAGCAAGUGGGAUGGUUGAAGGAGCAGCAACAGCAGCAGCGUGGAAAGGAAGAGCAGCAGAGGCUCAAGGACGAGCAGCAGCGGGGGAAAGACGAACAGCAGCGGGGAAAGGAAGAACAGCGAAGUAGGGACGGUCAUAAGCGGGGAAAGGAGGAACAACGAGCGAGAGAGGACGAUCAGCGUGCGAGAGAGGAGGAACAUCGUGCGAGGGAGGAAGAACGGGCGAGAGAGGAGAAGGAGCAUCGUGCGAAGGAGGAAGAGCGGGCGAGAGAGGAGAAGGAGCAGGAAACACAGCAGCAACAAAAGCGCGGAAAAGAGGAGCAGCGUAGCAGGGAAGAGCGGAGAGUAGAAGAUCAGCGUGUCAGCAAGGAAGAGAGACGGAUCGAAGAACACCGCGCGAGGGAGGAACGCCGAGGGGAAGAGCAGCAUCGCAUCAGGGAAGACCAGCGGCGACAAGAUGAUUAUCGAAUCAAGGAGAAGGAGGAGAGGCGGCAGGACGACAACCGUAGUAACAAGGAAGAGCGUCGGCAGGACCACCGAGGCAGCAGCAAAGAGGACUGGCGGUCGGAAGGGGGAGAGCAUCGUGGUAGGGAGGACCGUCGGAUUUCGGACGAUCACGGCAGUAACAAGGAAGAGCGAAGGGUUCCUGAGGAUCACCGCGGCGGGAAGGACGAAAGGCGGUCCGACGAACAUCGGGGAGGCGGGUCCAAUAAGGACAAGGAAGAACGGCGGGCGGAGGAAACCCGUGGAGGAGGCAAGGAGGAGCAGAUUUACCGGGGAAGGGAGGAACGACGACCUGACGACCGUGGUGGAAACAAGGAGGAGCGGAGAACGCAUGAUGAGGAACACCCGCGUGGUGCUGGGAAGGAAGAACGCCGUCUUGGUGACGGUAAUCAUGCGGCGGCGGGGAGCGACGAGGAGGAGGGGUCCACGGAGCGUCAGCACCGUUCGAAGGAGCGGAGAUCAGAGGAACAUCGUGUGGAAGAGAGCAUAGGCGUAGGUAAACUGAGUGGCGGGCAGGAUGAUCAGCAGCAGGGGGCAAUGAAGAAAAAGGAGGAGGAGGAGAGGUCAUCAUCGGACGAAGAAGGGCAGCGUCGGAGCAGAGAAGAACGCCGUGACGUGGAAGAACGGAAGGAAGAAGAGCGAACUGGGCAGUCGGGAAAGGACGAGGAUAUGACCGAGAGAACCUCUGGCGGGUCGGAGCUUGGGGAAAUGCCUCCGCCGCCGCCGUCUGCUGCGCACACGCAGGUCGCUAGACUAGAACGCGAAGGGAAGGAGAAGGAGAAGGAGAAGGAGAAGGAUAGGAAGAGAGACAAAGACCGAGAAAAUGGUGAUGUGAAGGGGGAUGAGCCAGAAGCCAUGGUGGUCGAUAAGAAGCCUCGGCUGCAGACUGAACCGCUGACGACGCCGGUGUCGGUGACGGCCGCCGUGCCGGACAACACCUCGACGGCGGCGGCUAUGGAAGAGGAUCAAGUUUCUCCGGGAGGAGGAGGAGGAGGAGGAGAGAACCUCCCUCCACCACCCCCUCUCCCAAAGGAUGCCAAAGCGCAGCAGCAGCAGCCGGCGGCGGCGGUGGAGCAUGAGCAGAAUGCAGACGGGGCGCAGCCGGCGGCAGCGCCGCCAGCUGCGAAGGCAGCACCGUCGACCAAGAGGAAGGAGGAGGACAGGGUGGGGGACUCGAAAGCUCCUCCUGUGGGAGGAGGGAGCAGUACAGGCUCGGAAAAGGAUCAGUCUACAGGGGCUGCUGUGAAGCGACUGCGCAGAUGGAACGGCGGGUGGGCAAAUGAAAGUACUAGCGGUGCGACGGCGGCGGCGGGGGCGGGCGCAACGGAGGCCAAACCUAAUUCGACGGCCGAUGGCUCUGCCAAGGACACACUACAGGGUGCAAACUCUGUCCAAGGUGGGGCUUCAGCUGUUCCUGGCGCAGUUCUUGGGGCAGACAAGGGCAGGGGGAGCGGCGCGGGAAGACAGGGCGGGGAAGGCAUUGCAAGCCGUGGGCUAGGGCAAGGCGGGACCCGUGCGGCGGGGAAGGACGGCGGAGCGGGCAGAUCGUUAGACAGUCCCAAGGACGAAGAGAAAGAAAAGCGAGUGGUGCCUCCUUCGACGAAGCCGAAGACGAACUCCUUGCGCAUCGACAAUUUUCUGCGGCCUUUUACAACGAAGCAGCUUCGAGAGUUGCUCGACCAAACGGGGAAAGUAGAGCAGUUCUGGAUCGAUGCCAUCAAGACCCACUGCUACGUGACCUACAGCAACGAGGAGGAGGCUACCAACACUCGCAGCGCGCUUUAUAACCUGAGAUGGCCGCCACAGGGAGGCAGAUUAUUGGCAUUGGACUACUGCAGUCCUCAAGACGUCCUCAGGAUGGUAGAAGGCGUGGCGCCGAAGGACAUGGGAAAGCUGCAGCCAGAUCGGAUGCCGCCCAUUGUCACACCGCUGCCGCCGCCUCCUCCUUUGCCAGCGAGGGGAGGAGAGGAGCUUUCGAGGAGACCACAUUUGCAGCAACAGCAACAACAGCAACCCACACCUGCAAGAGGACCGCCGCCGCCGCCAGAGCCAGCUCUCCCGACGCUUGAUGACCUAUUCAGGAAGACGAGAGCGAAGCCGCACAUCUACUACCUGCCGCUCACGGACGAGCAAGUGGCCACCAAGCUGGCGAGGCAGAAGGCUGCUGUAAUGGCAGGUGCAGGGACGGCAGCGGCCCCAUCGCUGCGCACGUCUACGACUUGAUGCCGGGGCGGGAAAGCACCGCGCGAUUAUUGUCUUCAGACUGGAGGUAUGUCCUUUGAUCAUCACAUUCAGAAGC